AAUUAAGACGCCCCCAGAUUCUAUGAAACCUCAAAGAUCAACGACCUUCCGUCGCAUUUAAAAACCUCGGCUGUUUCUCUCCAUGUUUUCUUAACUUCUUCAAAACUGUAUACUGCCCUUAGUUUGAUUAUACUCAUCAAUCUCAACUCAUACCAUCUAACCAGUAACCAUGUCUCUCAAGAACGACAAGUUUCCCGCCUCGGCCGCCUUCGACGCCAUCCAAGAGGCUAUCAACGCCAGCGAUGCCGAUCGCAAGGACGCCAUCAAGCAGGGCAACGGUGUUUACGCCUUCACCCUCAAGAACGCGAGCGGCGACGAGGCCAGCUGGCAUAUCGACCUCAAGGAGACCGGAAAGGUUGCCACUGGCACUGGCGAAAAGCCCGACGUCACCCUCGUCCUCUCUGAAGAGAACUUUGGCAAGCUCGUCGCUGGCAAGGCCAAUGCCCAGCGUCUCUUCAUGGGUGGCAAGCUCAAGAUUAAGGGCAACGUCAUGAAGGCGACCAAGCUCGACCCUGUGCUGAAGAAGGCCCAGACCAAGGCCAAGCUGUAGUUGAAGCGUGUUUUUUUAUAUGCCUUUUUGGAUAGCAUUGUACAUUGUUUUGUUGUUUCUUUCUGUAUGAUAUCCACUUGCUGGUUGUCAAUCGCUCCAUGCUUCCUGGAUGCGAAUGCAUAUAGGAGUACACGCGUCAAUAUCAAUUUUGAUACAUUUUCAACAAUGAUGGAAGAGAAAGAUCUAUCACAGUCCUCAGUGGGGACAUGAGUGGCCGUGUCUUGACUAUCAAUCUCUGUAUUAUAUGUGUACCUACGCCUUGCCCAGCAUAGCACAAGUUUAGCAAGUCACUAUUGUCAAGCCUAUGUGCAUUUUGUGUAACUGUCAAACGGCAAGUAUACUUGCUGUCUUCUUCAAUUUGGU